AAUACGUUGUACACUAACAAGCUUAAACGCAGUGAACAGUAUACUUGAGAAGUUAUGUGCACAGAGGGAUAAUGCUUUCAAAGGUUUUACAGAUAUGUUGUUUAGUUUCAUUUUCGAUCUGGAAUGUCGGCAGUGUGUGCAUGGGGACUCUUUCUUGUGUAACACAAGAAGGCAAGCAUGGGUAUUGUAUGGGAGGACAAUGCUUAACAGAAGUCCAAUCUGCGCCAAGAUCUGACCUAGAGAUUCGGAUAGUGGCUAAAUACCCAGAGAUAAAUAUGAAGGAAAUUGAAAACAAAGUUUUAUACAUAAGAGGAAGUGGCUUAUGUUUAAACUGGACGACAGGAAAGAAAAUGAGAAAAACUUUGACUGAUACAUGGGAAAUAAACUUAAAAUUCACAUCAUCAGAUGACGGCUUCCGAUGCAAAGACUGUUCAAAUGAUAUAACCAUAACAAAGAAACUUGAAUAUCGAAUUUUGAUUGCAGACAGAACUAAUAUGAUUGGUGGCAAUUUCAUAGUUGAUUUACCCGUAUCAAUGUCUUCUUCAUAUUUCGACGAAAAGCCUUUGUUUGAGGUAUUUCCGUGGUUCUACUCAAAAGCGGGACGAACAUCCAAUUUCACUAUUAAUUCUUCAGAAAUCGGGAAGGAACGCCAAAUUUAUCUGUAUUUGCCACCAAGUUUUAACGAAAACACCUUUAAGAAGUAUCCUAAUUUGCUUGUGUUUGAUUUAUAUCCCGGUAGUUAUUCUGAGUUACUUACCUCUUUUGUUGAUAAAAUAUUAGCUGAAUCUGGAACAACUAAAGAGUUUAUUAUCAUUGGGUACGGAGAUUAUCAACCAGAACAUGAACGCGUUGAUUUACUAACACCUACUCCAGGAACCGUCAUGACAUGUAUAAACGGAAACUUUACCAAUUCAUGUGACAACUGUUUGCCAAGUAAUUUGACUGAUGAUGAACAUCGAAGGCUGAUGAAAGAAAAAUGCGGAAAACGUGAAAACAUCGAAGGAUCUGGUGACCGUUUACUUAACUUCCUCAUAAACAGGGUUCGCCCUAAAGUACGAGAACUUACGAAUGACCGUAUCUUGAUAGAUCAACCCAAUACAGGAGUGAUGGGGUAUUCUCUUGGUGGCUUAAUGUCAUGUUAUGCUGCAUGGACACGAUCAUCAAUUUUUGGAUUAGCCGCUUGCCAAAGCCCGUCAUUAUGGUGGCCGCUAAAUAAUACAACUUUAACAGAUGGCGAUUUUCAUUUCAUAAAUCACACACUCAGAAACCAAUCUCUUCAACAAAGCAGAUUCCCACAGAAGAUAUUAUUAGAUGCAGGGAGUGAAGAAAACAAACUUACACAGUCCACUGUUGAAGCUGCAAUUAAGAUAUCAAAGAUCCCUGGUUUUACCACGAAUCAUAAUGUUUGGAUUAACAUAUACCCGGGGUCAUCUCAUAAUUAUUUGGAAUGGUUCAAACGAUUCUGGACAGCACUUCAGACGUUAUUACCAUCCGACGGGACUCCCCAAAUGCCUCGAAGUCAUACAGAAACCAUGGAAUGAGUUGCUAAUAAGGCUUUGAGUUAUUUGAAAACUACUUUUACAGUAAUAAUUUUUGUUCAGUUUGCAAGGUUUUUAUUUUUUGAUGGGAUUUAGUUUAGCUUAAAGAAAAAUGUUAUGUCAUGACUCCGAGUUCGAUAACAAUAUAUUUGUUUAGCCAAUAAAUUUACUGUAGAAAGCCAUGCCACACACGAAUCAUUUUAAUGCUGAUGUUAUAGAAAUAUUAAGUAAAUUAAAAAUUUAAGGACAUAUCUGUAGCUACUAGAAAUAUUUUGAAAUAUCAUGUUUACGAAAUGUUUACGAAAUAGGAAAUACAACUAUGAAUACACACGUAAUACAAAACAAUAAAUAUAACAUUCACUAGUUUUA